UGGGAUAGUGAAUAAUAAGCGAAGUAAAUGUGCUCGGCUGGCAGGGGAGCCGCAGACAUGUCGCAGAUCACGAAUCGCGCCUCCACCAUGGCCGCGGUGAUCAGCAUCGUGCUGCUGUUGGUGUUCCUGGUGAUUCUGUGGACCGGAGUGCGCACCAAGCAGGACGCGAUCGAGAGGAAGGUCAACGACAGACUAGACACCGGGGCUGAGACUUUGGAUAGAUUCCUGGCUGACCGAUCCAACCAGUCUUCCACCACUGCCAAGAUCAUGUUCGACGAGGAGAGCUUCAGCAACGAAGUGAUUCCAAAAUCGGAGAAACCAUCGAAGAAGCAGAAUGGUUCUAAGAAAAGAGAAUCGUUUCCUCAGAAACCGGACUUGGAGUACAUCCAGCUGAAGAAGAUCAGUGAAAAUCAGUACGAGGAUCCACCGGACAAAUAUUCGAUGGCCAAGAGGCACCACAGCGGCCACUUCCGGCACGCGAAUGCGGAGGUCUGGGACCCUCAUCCCCAGUACGAGUUCACCGCGUUUGGAAGACGGUUUCGCUUACGUUUAGCCCACGACGCCAGCUUCGUGUCGCGGAACAUCAAGAUUACUCACAUGGGUGAGGACACAACCAGAAGGGAAUAUCCGGGCCAUGAACUUGGUUGUUUCUACAGCGGGACCGUAGACGGUGAUCCGUACUCAGCUGUCACUGUCAGUCUUUGCCACGGAAUGACGGGCCACGUGAGAACGUCGACGGGAAGCUACAUAAUUGAACCAGCCAAGCCCUGGCGGGAGAGUGACAAGGAUUCUCUAGAAUUUUCGCUGGAACACGCCAUCCAGAGGAAACGGCCGCACAACGUGGACCCUGGGCGCAUGAACGACGUCGAUGAUGAGGACAGGGCGCAAAACUGCGGCGUGAUUGACGACAACGCGCCAUCUCCAAUUUUGGACGACUCGACCCGGGGUAAAAUUUACUUCGACGGCCGCCGCCGCAAGCGCAGGUCUUUAACCGAGAAAAAGGCGAUGGAGCAUUCUGAGGAGGACGAAGACUACAACCAGUACCUGGGACAGGCCGAGGGGCAUCGAAAUUUUUUACGAAACGACGCCAGAUACUACUCCGUGGAGCGAAGACGAAAUGAUCUGAGCGAGGAGUACAGCCAGGACUCGGAAAUGGAAUCGGAUCCCUCCGUGACUUGGAGACCACGUAGAGCCUUGUCAAGUGAAUAUUUCAUCGAGAUCAUGGUGGUUGCAGACGCGGAGAUGGUGAGGUACCACGGCAAGGGUUUGCUCAGCUACAUUUUGGUCCUGAUGAGCACGGUCUCCCGAAUCUAUAAAGAUCAGUCGAUAGGCAAUCCCAUAAGCAUCUCGGUGACGAAUAUCGUGCCAAUCGACACGAUAUUCGGACUUAAACGAACCUUAACAGGCGAGGAAGGGAUUUCAGCAGACGAUAUGUUGAAGAAAUUCUGUCAGUGGCAGCAGAUCAACAAUUCCAACGAAUCCUCACCUGGACAUUACGACACUGCACUGCUUUUAACCAGGGAAAAUCUGUGCCACAAAUCCGGCGAAUGGAGGUGCGAUACUUUGGGCCUGGCUGAGUUGGGACGAAUGUGUUCGCCGGGGUUCUCUUGUGCCAUAGUUCAAGACAAUGGUCUAGCUGCUGCCUUCACCAUCGCUCAUGAAAUUGGUCAUGUGCUGAACAUGCCCCACGACGACGACACGAAAUGUGCAGCCUACAGAAAUCGUUCCGGCGUGUACAACAUCAUGUCGAGGAUGCUGGACAACAACACCUUCCCCUGGGAAUGGUCGAAAUGCUCCCGCCACUACGUCACCGAGUUCCUCGAGGCAGGAAACGGGAACUGCUUGCUGGACACGCCGGAUAAGAUAAUGGAGCGUACGGACCCUAGCAGGUUACCAGGCGAGGAUUACUCGGUGAACAAGCAGUGCGAGCUGGUGUUCGGCAACGGAUCCAGGAUCUGUGCUCACAUGGUGAGUGAUGUGUGCAGGAGACUGUGGUGCACCACACCGAACGGGGAUCAUUACGAUCAGUGUCGUACCCAGCACAUGCCGUGGGCUGACGGAACCUCCUGCGGCCGAAACAAAUGGUGUCAUCGAGGCGAAUGCGUCUCGCGCAGAAACCUGGAGCCUGUGGACGGCCAAUGGGGCGAAUGGGGACGUUAUGGCAAAUGUUCGAGGACCUGCGGCGGUGGUAUCAAGAAGAAGUACCGUGAAUGCAAUAGUCCACCCCCACAGAACGGUGGCCAUUACUGUAUCGGUGACCGAGUCAAAUAUCGCAGCUGCGGUACCAGGGACUGCCCACCAGGAAGCAUUGACUUCAGGGAACAACAGUGUUCGCAGUACGACAAUGACAACUUAAAAAUACCAAACCUGGCUGAGGACGUUAAAUGGCACGCCAAGUAUUCGCGAAUAUUGCCCCAGGACCGCUGUAAAUUGUACUGCCAAGUGGAAAGCAAUCAGUAUUACUUGCUGGCGGACAAGGUGAUCGACGGAACACCAUGCGGCCGGGAUACCUUUCACAUAUGCGUGAACGGCCAGUGUAAACCAGCGGGAUGCGAUCACGUUUUAAACUCGACGGCGGAACUCGAUAUCUGCGGCGUCUGCAGGGGCGACAAUUCCACCUGCCAGUGGAUUACGGGUUCCUACAACUCCACGGAGUACGGCUAUACCAGAGUCGCUAAGAUCCCAGCGGGUAGCAACAACAUCGACAUCAGGCAACACGGUUGGAAGGACAUGAAAGGCGACAGCAAUUACCUCGCUUUACGACUUGGAGAGGAUGGGAAAUACAUACUAAACGGGAACUUUGUGGUGAUGACCAAAAGGGUGAUUGUGGAUACUGGCAUCACCAUCGAGUACAGUGGGUCUGAAUCAGUCGUGGAACGUCUGAACACCUCCAGACCAAUCCAAACAGACUUAAUUCUAGAAGUUUUAUCAGUAAGGGAGUUGAAUCCGCCCCAAAUUACUUACGAAUACACGGUGCCAAGAAAGAUUCUAGAAAGCUACACAUGGAAGAUAAGCGACUGGUCGGAUUGCAGUCUCACGUGUCAAGGUAUGAAGUACCGUAAAGCUGAAUGUACAAGCAUGGAGUACAACGAGAUCGUCGCCGAUGACUACUGUCGAGAAACGGAAAAGCCAUGGGAAGAAAGCCAAAUGUGCAACAAUCAUUGUAUCUUAGAAUGGAACAUCACGGUUUCCGAAUGCUCCAACCACUGCGGUCUAGGAACUCGUAUGGUGACCUCUAAGUGUCUGCAAAGGUUGUUGAACUCGAAUCAUCCACCCCGUGCGAUUCCAGCGCAAUCGUGCGCUCAUCUGCAACGACCAAACGAUACAGAACCUUGUAUGGGACCCUGUGAGGAUGCCCACUGGAGUUACGGGAAAUGGAGUGCUUGUAAUGUUACGUGCGGAGGUGGAGUUCAAUAUAGAACAGCUAUCUGCGUAGACUCCAACCGAAGACCAGUUUCUGAGGAGAAUUGUAUGGGACAAAAGAAAGAUUUAGAAAGACCAUGUGGACAAGACGCGUGUCCUAAGUGGACGUUGAAGAACUGGAGUCGUUGCUCGGUAACGUGUGGUAUUGGCAAGCGACACGGACAUUUUGUGUGUCAUAUAGAGAACCGUAUUGUUUCAAACAGUUACUGUGGUGAUACUCCUCCAGAAAUUGUUGAAGUUUGCAACCCUGGACCUUGCGAGCAAUGGCAUGCCGGUGAUUGGGGCCCAUGUUCAGUUACUUGUGGCGAAGGCAUGAAACGAAGGAAAGUUAUCUGCAAGAGCGCUGAUGGAAUGAUUAGCAGUAAAUGUUCUUCCUCUAACAAACCAGAAGAUGUUACAAUCUGUAUACUGAAACCUUGUCCAACAGUCAGUGUAACACCAAUCAAGUAUUCCUCUGACCCACCAUAUGAGAUUCCUUCUCAGCAAGACAACGAAAUUCAUGAUAUAAUUUUCCGUUAUGGAUAUAAAUGGCAUGUUCAGACGAAAGAGUGCUCUAAGCCGUGCAUCAAAGGUUAUAUGAAUACAGGGGUAAAAUGUGUUUCCAUUGAAACUGCAACCAUUGCACCUGAUAGUUAUUGUGACAACGAAAAGAAACCACCUACUGAAAUUCCUUGCAAUCGUUAUCAUUGUCCAAUGUGGAGUACUAGUGAUUGGGGCCAGUGCAACGUAGAAUGUGGAUUGGGGAACCAAUAUCGACAAGUACGUUGUCAGAGUCCGCACGGUGAAAUUUUGCCAGACGAGGACUGCCAUGACAGUGAAAAACCGGAAAUAAUGAAGACCUGCCGAAAGAGGCCUUGUAUCAAUACCUCUACGGAUCAAAGGAAUCCAUCAAAAAUGAACAUUCUCCGCAAAUGGAAAACUUCCAGCUGGACUACCUGUUCGAAAUCGUGCGGUACUGGACUUCAGAGACGAAGGGUGGAAUGCACCAUAAGGAGAGGAAACCACGGGCCGGAAGUGACCGUAAGAGAUGAGCAGUGCUCGAGGCUUGGCCUGAGAAAACCGAAAUCGCAGAGGCCCUGCCGACGCGUUGCCUGCAACUUUAUUUGGCAGGAAGGACCUUGGUCUGAGUGUUCAGCAGAAUGUGGUGAAGGAAUUCAACGACGAUCAGUUACCUGCCACCGAACCAAUCGUUAUGGACUACUCGAUCCAACUCCCACUGAUAAUUGUCCCAUGGAUCAAAAACCAGAAACUCAACAGUUUUGUAAAUUGCAAGAAUGCGAUGAUAAGUAUUAUUGGUUUGCUGGUCCGUGGAAGAAAUGCAGUCAUACUUGUGGCCCUAAGGGUCGUGAGACACGAAGAUUAUUCUGCCUGGACAGAAACGACAAGAAAGUAGCCCGUGUCAAUUGUCAUAAACGGUUCAAACCGCAACGGAAGCGAAAAUGCAACCAAAGAAAAUGUUAUGCAAUGUCCUGUUACGAGGCGAAGAAAUAUUUUAAAACCAUCAAGGACGGCGAGUACACUUUGGUCUUCGGUGGAAGAAACAUGUCAAUUUACUGUCACGGCAUGUCAACAUCCGAGCCGAAGGAGUAUUUGACAUUGCCAGCUGGUCCUCAGGAAAAUUAUGCAGAAGUAUAUGAUAAGACUUUCAAUAGCCCUUACAUUUGUCCGUUUAAUGGCCCAAGGAACAACAAUUGCAGUUGCACCACUUCCGGAAAGACAACGUUCAGAAGGGUACGAGUCGAUCCAGUAGAACUGUAUAUCAUAGAGAAUGAUUACACAUUUUCACGGAUGACAGGCUCAAACCGUGUCGAAUAUGGUACGGCUGGUGAUUGUAAUAGCGUUGCACACUGUCCUCAGGGUCGUUUUAGUAUUAACUUAAGCGGAACUCAAUUAAGAUUAUCGGCGAAUGUUGUUUGGACAGCAACACGUGGAUCGUCGAUAAAAAUCAAUAAUAUUAGCAAUCAACAUGUCACCGGGAAAUGUGGAGGCUAUUGUGGCUCUUGUAAGCCGAAGAACGGAUUAAAAUUAGACGUUCUACCACCCUAGUCCACAAUAUGUAGGGCUCAAUAAUCUCUAAACGCCUGUAGAGUACAGUUUUUAGCAGGUAAAAAUUCCACUAAUGGAUUUUUGAGCGUGUCGCAAAAGACUGGUUCGACGAACAUAAGAUGAAAUCGACGAUAUCCACAACCAAAUCGAUCCCUUUACUUCGAGCUUGCUCUGAAUCAUUCGCUUAAAUCGUUACUAGUCCGCAUGAUUUUUAACGAUAAUCGUUGUAUACUCAGAUCGAAAUGAGUCAACUUCGAAAUGGACUC